AUGGACGAAGAAUUAUCAGACUCCGAAGAGACUCCACAACACCAACAUAUCCCACCUCGUCAUAACACCCCGCGUCAACAGCAGCCAUCGGGGUACGGGAUCCACAACACAGAAAAUGUUCAAGAAAAUAUGUACCAGCCUCAAAGACAACAACAAACACAAGCCGGAAUACCAGUCCAACAGCCUUACCCGGUUUACCCACAGCAGAUGUAUCGCCAACCUCAGCCAUCGAUUCCAGCUAGACCAGUUAUCAUCAAGGACCCAGGACUUUUCUACGAUGGGAAACAAUUUAUGAAGUUUUUAUUACGAUUCGAGAGGAUUGCAAAUGCUUUUGGAGCCACGGAUCACGAUAAAGCUGCCCAGAUUUUACGAUUUAUUUGGACAGAAGAACUGAAGUGCGAACUCGAGGAAAUGGACGGAUACGAUGAUUACGAUUGGAAGAAACUACGAGCCGAUAUGGUCAAAACCUGGGGCGAGUUAGACAAUACCAUCAUGUAUACCACCGAUGACCUCAUAAAACUAGCCAAACAACAAUCCAAGUCUGGAAUUGCAACCCAUCGAGAGUACAAGGAAUAUCUUGGCAAAUUCACCACAAUCCUUAAGUACCUAGUCAAAAACAAACACGUCAGUAAGAAAGACGAAGCUGGCGGACUGUUCUUAAGCGCCUUCCCGAUAGAAAGCCAAAGGAAUGUCAAGCAAAUUCUAGUCAGUAAGGAUCAACUUCCAAAAGCUAAGGAUGGCAGUAAUAAGGCACCGAAAUGGGAAGACUUGAUAGCGGCAGCGGAAACCGAAGUUCGUGUGGACGAUAGCGUAUAUACCAAUUUCUCAAGUUUUUCUGAGUCAAACUGCACGAUGCAGAAGGAAUUGGAUCAGAAGAAAGGUGACGGCAAACGACGUGAGCAGAUGCUAAAAGAAACCCCAAAUGAGAAAACGGUGGACCAAAAGUUCCAGGACAUGCAACAAGAAUUAGCCGCGCUCAAAAACCAGCUUUGGGGCAAUCAACCCGCAAACUAUAAUAGACAAGGUCCCUCAGACAAACAGGAAUUUUCGCGAGGAACACCUCGGCCAACCACUCCCCAAUACGAGAAUCAAUCUUGUUUCUAUUGUUCACGAGAUGGUCACUUAACAUAUCGAUGCCCGGAAUUGGCAAAGGAUGAAGAUCAGGGAUUAGUAAGCCGUCGCGGUAGAGACUACUUCCUGCCAGAUGGACAACAAAUACCAUUUGUACCUUCAAGACCAAUACGAACGGUGGUUGCAGGGGCAUCAGCGGACCCACAGAUGCAAGAAGCAAUCAAAAAUCUGGCGGAAUCACGACAGCAAGGAAAUGGUAACACCCCGGUUAUGAAGACCUCAGUACAAACCAUCCAUUGGAGCCCUCCUACCUUAGGCGUGGAAAACUUCAUGAGAUCUCAUCCUGUCACUAGGUCAGAAGCUCAAAAGGGCCGACGCGAAGUUAGGAUCCAGGAACCAGAAAGAGAAGCCAUGGAUAUCGAUCAUGAAGAAGAAGUGGACAAAUCAUCGAAAGAAACUCCGAAAAAGGCGCCUGAGAAAGUCUGGAGCCGGGAACGAGUACCGACAAUCCUGAAGAGAGACUCACCAGAGGAAGUUCUACUACAGGACUUGGACAACGUCAAGAUUCCCACAACGUUUGCACAACUCACUACAAUAUCGCCUUCAUACACAGAACAGAUCAUAGCAAAAUUACAGGGACGUCUGUCAGGCAAGAAUACCUCCACCACCUACAUCGCAACUGAAGCAGCCAAAGUAGCUGCACCAAUGACCACCUUACCAGAGGAAGAAGGACCUUCAGAUCCAUGCUACUACAUUUGUGCCCUGGGAUACGUAACCGCGCAAGUUGGGGGAGAAAAAGUCAACUUUAUGGUGGAUUCCGGUUCUAUGGUCAACGUCAUACCCCGAUCAGUAGCGGAGGACUUGGAGCUAGAAUCUGUGAUAGUGAACAUACCCAUGCAAGGUGUUGGUGGAGCCAGAUGCGACAUUACCGGCGUAGUCAAGAACUGCCCAAUACAGAUUGGCCGAUUCUCCGGACCCGCUCACCUCUUUAUAUCACCAAAGGCUCAAGAUUCCGCAACUAUUGGAAAAUUUCUCCUUGAAGAAUGGGUCUAUCGAUAUGGCGUAAUCAAAGCGGUGACGGCAGACAAUGGACCGGAAUUCAAGAAUGAAUUCAUCAAAGCAGUCGAAAAGAUUGGAGCAGUAUUUAGGCCUCCUACACCUUAUUAUCCUGAAGCCAAUGGUAUGAUUGAAAGAGGACACCAACCCAUUAAAGACACCCUAAUCAAGAUGUGUGGCGAAUCUGGUGGGAAAUGGAGGGAAUAUCUGCCUUCAGUACUCUUUGCUGACAGAAUUUUGACAAAACGCACAACGGGAUAUUCACCUUACGAGCUGGUGUUUGGCCAGAAAGCGGUUCUCCCGGUUGACUUGGAAAUGGACACUUAUCUGGGUAUUGAUUGGACUGAAGUCAGCACCACGGAACAACUCUUGGAGGCAAGGACUAUGCAACUGGAACCAAGACUUCGGAAGCCGUUAGAUCCAGGAGAACUAGUUUUGGUCUACAACAAAAGCCUGGAGGAUCAGUGGGUAAAAUUGUUUGCAAAUCGAUGGAACGGACCUUUUCGGAUCAAGCAACAACUACCCAAGGGUUCCUAUAUCUUGGAAGAAUUGGAUGGGACUGAACUCAAGAGGGCUUAUGCAGCUUCACAUAUCAAACGGUUUUACCCUCAAGGACGUGAACUAGCAGACAUUCAGGAGGAUGAGGAUCCAUCUCAGCCGGAGUCUGCAGACGACGAAAUGGAGGAAGUAUCUGGCAACAGUUCGGAUGGUGGAUCAUCAGAUGGCUCUGACUGA